UAAAACUGUCACCACGGAGAAGAAACCAAGAAAGAUCUCUCUUUGGGUUUUCCCUUCUUCCACACCUUUCUUCCCUUCCCAUCUUGUCUCUUUAUAUGUUGCUUUCCGUCACGCCUAUGUCUUCCUGCAGAGAUACUCAGCAGACAAAGGAAGGAGCUGAAGACCACCCUAACAGAGGGCCUCAUGAUUUCCUACAAAAGCAUCAGUUUCAUCCUUACCUUCUUUAAUUUUGUGUUCCUCCUAAUUGUUGUGUUUUCCCCCUGCUGGUUUACACAUUAUGCACAUGUAGAUCUGUAUUAUAUGGGCCUCUGGACCAUCUGCUCAGAAAAAUUUGUCUGCCGAGUUAUGAAAGAUGCUGAUGCCUACAUGAUCAUCUGUCGAGUUCUCUUGAUGCUAAGCCUCGUUGCCUCUGUCACGUCUCUGGUGUGGAUGUGGUUGGUAAAGAGGAACAAACUCUGUGGUUGUCCUUUCCAUUUUCCUUCCCAAGCUUUGACGGCUUCUACCUUGAGUUUCACUGCAGGACUCAGCAUGCUGGGUGCCAUGUUGAUCUUUGAGCUGAGAAUUAAUGAUGAAGAAUUAACCCCAGCUCCUAAGAAGAAAUGGGCUUUUUAUUUAAGCUAUGUCAUCUUGAUCCUGUGGUUCUUUAUAGGUGUAUAUAACUUAGUGUGUUACAAGUAUUCACUUUGGGAGGGCACAGUCUAUUCUGGUAAACUUUCUUCAUCCAAGAUGCAACAGGAAGAGGAACAACUGCAAAGAUCCCUUGAACAAAUUGACCAGAAUCCUGUUUGACCACGGACCUGUGGACAAAAUUCUCUCCUUACAUGGCAGUUUCUCACAGAGGCCAACGUCUUUGAGGUGUCUCCUUCCAAGGGACAAAUUCUAAAGUGGCCAUUUGUCAGAAGGAUUUGUUUCUUGCUGGAAUAUUAUCUGGACUAUAGUAUGUUCCGUUUUUUUCACUGGUCCAUCCUGGAGAGAUUUCCUUCAAGAAUAUUGAACACGUUUUUCAUUAAGCAUCCCUUCG